AUGCCCAAGGAGCUGCCAACUGUGCUUAUCUCUCUGGAUGAUGAAGACCCUCAGUUUGCUGUAGUAGAAAAAUUUGAGACCCAAUGGAGGCACAGAAAGAAUGUAUAUCGACCGUGGUGGAUGCGUGUCCCAUUCUUCUUUAUUCUCCGAUUUGCUGCUCCAGCUUCCUUCUUUAGCGUCAUCUACAUCUACAACAAAUUUGGGAUGAUGCUGUACCGCUAUUUCGACAGCGAUUCAGUGAUCAUGUUCUGGUUGGUAUUUUAUGACUUUGAAAUAAUCUCCAACUGGAUCCAGCUACAGCGAGAUCGCUCCAAUGUGAAUGAGAAUUUCCCAAUCCUGAAAGCACUGCCUCAACAGUGCCUGAAAUCGCAGUGUCACGUGUGCCACAUUUCACGACCGCUACGUGUCCACCAUUGUCCCAUCUGUGAUUACUGUGUGUGGCGACGCGAUCACCACUGUUUCUUACUGGGCCUUUGCAUCGGGCAAUUCAAUCAUGCCAACUUCAUUUUCAUCAUGGUUUAUACCACCCUUGCCUCCAUCACGUACAUGUACUACUGCAUCCAAUUCAUGCGUAUCGAGUACCCCUUUUCAGGUUGGUACUACCUGCUCUGUUUUGCUCUGUAUGGUCUCACUGUAUCGGAUGUUGUCACGAGCACUCAGUUCACUGUCCUCGUGGUGUUCAACAUGGCGCUUUUCAUGGCUGUGGCCUUGGCCCUAUUUGCUGCCUUCCACGUCUAUCUGGUCAAAACAAAUGAUACAAUGCAAGACUUUGCCUUCUGGUUGAGCAUGAAGCAUUUUCAGAAGAUGGAUCCAUACAAGUAUCUGCCACAACCUCCCUUGUUCCAGAAGAUGAUUUUUGGGCCCUCUCCAAUCCUCCGAUUUUUCUUUCCUUUCUGGGCUCCCAAAAUCCACGAGUAUUUCACGUUUGAGAAGAUCAUUUAA